CAGCGACAAGUAUCGAAGGGUCACAUCAAAGAAAGUUUCAAAAUAAAAGACACAGCGUUAAAUUAUGACAGGCAGAUACGCGAAAUUUCAGAGAAAGGUUUCAGAAAAUGAUCUGGGUUCUACUGAUCUGCGCAUUCGAAGCCAUUGCUGCUAAACCUAUACAGAAUUGCGGACUAUCCCGAAUUGUCAGAAAUGGAGAUAGAAUCGUGGGAGGAAGGAGCGCCAUCAGAGGAGAAUUUCCAUGGCAAAGUUCCCUCCGUUACAAACCUCUUUUCUUUCCACCGACUCAUUUAUGCGGGGCUACUAUCCUCAACGAGCGCUGGCUUGUCACGGCAGCCCACUGUGUGGACGGGAGAUCAAAGAGAAGUUUUGACAUAGUUGUUGGUGUAAAUAAUCUGAACGAAAAAAAUAUCACAAGGUUCUUGAUCGAUAGAAUUGUAGUUCAUGAGAAGUUCGAUUUGAGAACAUUUAUGAAUGACAUCGCUCUUAUCCGAGUCCAAACACCCAUUCCACUGCGAGGUGAUGUAACUGGUGUAUGCCUGCCCUCUCCUGGACAAAACACAAAAGGAUUCGUCACAGUUUCAGGAUGGGGAGCAACUACUGAUGGCGGAAAGGGAUCGAGUAUCCUACAGGCCGUUGAAAUUCCACUCGUACCACAAGAAAUCUGCCAGGCCGUAUAUGGCCCAGAAGGAUUUUCGAAAGAAGCCAUGUUGUGUGCUGGAGUCCCACAAGGAGGCACAGACUCCUGUCAGGGAGACUCUGGAGGUCCUUUGAUUCAGCAAGAAAGGGGCCGAGCUGUGUUGGUGGGCGUUGUGUCUUGGGGCAUUGGCUGCGCUCUUCCUGGUCUGCCAGGUGUCUACACAAGAGUCUCUAAUUAUAUACCUUGGAUUCAUGAAAACGUACUGUAAGCAAAGAAAAAACAGAACAGAAUGAAUGUUUUACCUUCAGACACCCAAUAAAACGUUUUCCAUUGUU